ACGUUCUGGGUAGACGCCGGAGCCGAGCCCUCGUGCUCGCUCGAGCGCCUCGCCCUGGGGGUCCUCGGCUUCCACACGGCCCGCUGCCCUGGCGAGCCGCGGGCGUGCGGGGCGGAGUGGUGGGUGCAGGUGCGAUCCUCCGGCGGCAUGCCGACGAUCCCGCUGCACUGGGACUCGGACGAGGAGCACAAGGCGACCUCCGGGGAGCACGUGCCGCCCUGGCUCGGGACCGUGACGUACCUCGGCUCGCGCGGGGCCCCGACGGUCCUGCUGCCCGUGGUGGCGGAUGCGCACGGGCGUGCGGUGCGCGCGGGCGCGGACGCCUUCAUCUCACACCCGCUCGCCGGCAAGCACCUCUGCUUCGACGGCCGCCUGAUGCACGGCGCGCUGCACGACCUGGGCGAGACGUCGACGGAGGAGUACGUGCGGACCACGCUGCUCGUCAACCUGUGGGUCGGCCACAGGCCCGGCGGGACGACGGCACGGCUGCCCGGCACCGUCGCCGCGGCCAUGUCGGAUCUGGACGCGGUCUGCUUUGAUCGUGCGCGCGAGGUGAGACCCGUGCAGCGCCAUCCCGGCAGCAUGGCGCUCGCGAGCGACGCCGGCGCUGCGUGGCGCUCGCUGCGGGUGAACUUUGCGCCGCUGCGGCAGCUCUGCGCUCGGCAGCCCGACUGGCGCGGGCUCGCCCGCCUCAUCGGCUACCCGUUCGCCCACCCGGACGUGGGUGUUCGCUGGCUGCCGUGGCACUGUGCGGGGCCGCGUCCACCGUCGCUGGUGCUGGUGCCAAAGGUGGGCCUGCGGCUGCCCUUCGAGAACGGUGCCGGCGAGGACGAGGAGGACCAGGAGCAGGAUGGCUCGCACGUCGAUGCGGCGAAGGCGCUGCUGCAGAGGGCGCUGGAGGAGCUCUCGGCGAGCGGCGACUGGCGCGCCGAGCGUGAGUUGCGCCGAGCGGUCCCAGCCUUGCGUGGCCUUCUGCCGGUGGAAGAUGACAGCGAAGAUGAGGGCAAUUUUGAAGCGCCUGGCGGAGUUCGAAGCAGCACUGGCCAGGGCGGUGGAGCCAGCUCGCCUGGCCCACUGCCUCGGAUCACGGGCGAGCCGGUGCUGAUGCACCUUGCCAGCACCGGCCUCACCGCUUGUGCUCUCUGCUACAUCUACGGCCGCGCGCCAGCAGCGUACGCCCAGGAUCCCAGCGGCCAUCAGCUCGCGAUAAAUGCGGGCGACGCUGAUGGGUUCACUGCGCUGCAUUACGCCGCCAAUCUCGGGCUCGAGGAGCUCGUGCCGCCGCUCCUGGAGCUUGGCGCCUCUGUGCACGCGGCAAACCGCGACGUGACUGCCAUCGCCGAGCCUGGAGGCCGCACACCUCUUCACCUCGCGGCCGCUUCUGGCCACAUGGGGGUUGUUCACACACUGCUCGCGGCAGGUGCGGACGCGCAGUGCGAGGAUUGGGUGGGCUCGACGCCAGCCCUGCUCGCCUACCGCCGUGGCCACUGGAAGAUCGGCGCAGCGAUCGCAGGCCACACGCACCGCGGCGGCUGCAGCGGUUGCGCCGACGGCGGUGGCGGCAGCAGCGGCAGGUCGCAAGAGGUGGAUGUGCCUGGCGAGCAGGAGCUGCAAGGUCUCGAGCUUGUCGAAACGUUCUGCAUGCGCACACGAAGACACCAGAGGCUCUCCAUCGAGGGCCGCCAUAGACUCCACACGCCCUUCGUGCUGCGCCCAGUGUUUAGCUCUGACGUGUGCGCUGAUCUCAUCGCAGCGGCGGAGCGGGCAGGAUCGCGCCGUGGAUGGCAGUCGACACGGCACAAGCACCACCCGACGGUUGAUUUGCCGUUACAUGACCUCUCGCCUUCUCGGUACGACUUCGUGCGCAGAACACUCGAGGGAGGCGUGCUGCCAGCGAUGCAGAAGGAGUAUGACACCAACGUGCUGCUCAUACGAGAAGCGUUCGUUGUCAAGUACGAGGCGGCGGGAGGCGGUGGAGGCCCGGAAGGUAGGAGAGGUCCUCGGCAGGCUGGCCUGGGCAUGCAUCGCGACGGAACUCUCCUGAACUGCGUGGUGCUUCUUUCCAGCCCUGCGGACUUUGAAGGAGGCGGCACCGUCUUUGCGCCACCGAUUGACAGGACCUUCCUCAUCGGCCAGGGCGAGUGUCUGUGCUCGUGCGGGCAGCUGCUGCACGGAGCGAACAGUGUGACACGAGGCACGCGGUACGUGCUGAUCGCUUUUCUGGAUGAAUUGCAAGAGCCCCCGAAGCACGAGGAUGAAUGA